AUGGGGGGGAGUGAGUCCAAUUAUGUGAGUUUAGACCUGGUUAGUGAGUUGAAUCUGAAAACUAAACCUCACCCACACCCAUACAAGCUUAAGUGGUUAGAUAGUAAGGCUAGUGGAUCAUAUGAUAGGAAGAGCUUACAUGAUGGAUUCACAAACACCUACACCAUUAGACAUGAGGGUAAGCUGAAAGACCUGAUUCCCUUGCCACCUUACAAAGCCAUACUACCCCCUAUUAGGAAGCCAGUUCACCUGAUGAGUAGGAAGGUUGGUGAGAAGGAGCUUAAGAAUAAGGAGGUUAUCUAUGCUUUAUUCACUAAGGAAGUAACCCAAGCAGCAGCCAUACCCCCUGAGGUUCAACUAUUGUUGCACCAAUAUCAGGAUGUGUUCCCUGAGGAUCUUCCCAAGGGUUUACCACCUAUUAGAGGGAUAGAGCACCAAAUAGACCUUGAUCCUGGAGUAGCUUUGCCAAAUAAACCAGCCUACAAGACCAAUCCCACAGAGACUAAAGAGCUUCAAAGACAGGUUGAAGAGUUGUUGCAAAGAGGGUAUGUGAGGGGGAGCCUUAGCCCUUGUGUUGUACCCACACUCUUAGUGCCUAAAAAGGAUAGAACCUGA